AUGGGCCCAGAAAGCCACGUGAGCAUUAGAUCGAGACCCAAGACACAGAAGGCAAAGGUGUCGAAGCCAGAACGCAAGCCCAAAACCUCGCACAACAUCAUCGAGAAAAAGUACCGCACUAGCAUCAACGCCAAGAUCUUGGAGCUUCGCGAGGUGGUGCCUACUCUCAAGUUUGCCACGGGCAAGGCCCGGGUACUGAUGGCCGACUUGGAUGGCUUGAGCCCGGCCUGUAAACUCAACAAAGCCUCCAUUCUCACCAAGGCCAACGAGUACAUCAAGCACAUGAGGAAGAAGAACAAGACUCUCGAGAAGCAGAUCCGAGAUCUCCAGGAGUUCGUGAGCCGUGCAAGCGCGGGCCAGCCGAUUAUGGACUCUUCUCCCGUCACGCCUCAGCCUCCGAUGAGUACGUAUACCUCGUAUUUUGAGCCUGUGAAUACCCAGACGCUUUUCCAGAGACGCGUGCCACAAGCCCAGCCUAUCGAUGAAGCGAUCAUGAAUAACUACGCCCCUGUUUCCAACAUGAAUCCUCGCACUGUGGCGUCACAGCAUAUUCAGCCCCAACCUUACCCGAAUGCAAACAUGUUCUUCGGUGGUUUGGCAACAAUGAUGGGGUCGUCAUACAUAAACGACAACAAUUUCCAGGCCAUGUCAGCGUUGCCUGUGUUCCCUGCUACGCUAUUUGGGAACUUUACAACUGCCUCCCUGUUGUUAUACACGCUCCGUGUGUUCGUUGCUGGUCUCGGACUUUUCAUGGUCGUUUCCUCUCUUGUGGGGAACUCUCUGCCAAAGUCCCGCAAAAGCAAGUCGAACAACGCCCUGGAAAACAUAUCGAGGCUUUUCUCGUUCAUGAGCACGCAUUCACGUGAGCCCUUGAGUGAAGAUGAAAAGUGCAAAAUCACAGCACUUCUCUUGGGGUCUAAUUCUGCGCCGAUCACCUCUUGGAUCCGAGCAUACAUCUGUCUCCGUACCAAAAGCGCCGGCUUUGAAACUCUUCUUUUGCAGUUUCUUGUGGGUACAGUCGUCAUUAGAAGAGGUUCUUACCUUUCACAACUCGUGAAAUUAGAUUUGAAGCUCAGGAAGAACGCUUUGCUUGCUGCAGAAUACACCGGCAGUCACCAAAGCUUGUCAAAGCUUGCUCGCUUAAUCAAGAAUGUUGAUGGGUUGCUGAUGUUUGAUUCUGAGUCGUUUUCCCAACGGUUUUACAACCUCUCACAUGACUUGCCACUAUGCCGAAAUGUCAACAAUGGAGAAAACGCCCUGCUCUUUGUGGACUCCCGACUCAAGAAUGAAAACAACUUGUAUGCUAUUGUCUUUGAAUGGCGUGUAUUGGAGAUUCUCCAUGAGCUAACCCUUGUUUAUUUGGACCUUUUAGUCUCUCCUUCCGGGGCUAGAGAUGAUGGUCUUGAAGAUUUAAAGCAAGAUUCGCUCAAACUC